AUGUCCGCGCUCGCCGAGCAGCAUAACAAAGUCAAAUAUUUGACAGAUUCAGAGGUAAUUAAACGUCCACCACUUCAUCCCCUGCCAAUGGCCUUUUCAGUCGAGCUCGAACCGGGUAGUGAACCGGGUAGGCCGGACUUGCUGAUUGUAGAAUCUCUUGAUUCUGGCAAUGACUCUGGCGAGGGUGCAGCGGCUUAG